AUGGCCAAGUCCAUGAACCACACCACACACAACCAGUCCCAAAAAUGGCUCAGAAAUGCUAUCAAGAAACCCCGAACACAGAGAUACGAACCUCUUGAGGGGGUGGACCCCAAGUUCCUGAGGAACAUGCGCUUUGCCAAGAAGCGCAAGAAGGGCCUAAAGAAGACGCAGGCCAGCAAGGCCAAGGCCGUGAGUGCACGUGCCGAGGCCAUCGAGGCCCUCGUAAAGCCCAAGGAGGUUAAGCCCAAGAUCCCAAAGGGUGUCAGCCGCAAGCUCGAUCAACUUGCCUACAUUACCCACCCCAAGCUUGGGAAGCAUGCUCGUGCUUGCAUUGCCAAGGGGCUCAGGAUCUGCCGGCCAAAGGCCAAGGCCAAGGCCAAGGAGCAAACCAAGGCCCAGGAUGCAGCUUCAGCUGCAGUUCCAGCUCGGGCUCCCAAAGGUGCCCAGGCUCCUACAAAGGCUUCAGAGUGGAUAUCUCUGUCUGCCAACGUGGGGACAGACAGACUGAGGAGCAAGAUCAUGUUUGUAAGGUGUGACCGCGCCGUGGACGGCAUGGCGACUCCCGUGAAUCACAGGUACACCUCUGGAGGGCCUUCCGGAAUGAGAAAACCUGAAAUGGCUGAAAUUCCCAAGUUUUUAGCCAAUCGGGUCAAGCAUAGAAUGUGUGCGCUCCUGGCAAGCCUGCCGGUGAGCUGCCCGCUUCCUGCAGGAGGAUUCGACCGCCCUCCCACGUGGCUGCUGCAGAGCCUGUAA